AUGGCGUCUGCAUACAAUACCGGGAAUUCGGCGACACCAACUCAGCCUCGAGCACUUGGUAAUGAAGGCAAGGCAGUCUCCAGAAGUCAAGAUGAUGGAGGAGCAACAAGCUGGAACGAUGCCGCUUCACGGUCAACCCGUAACGGGCGCUCCGGCUCUGGUGGGAGCAGCUCUAUCAGUACACGCGGCGGUGCUUCACUCGCCCCGUCAGCCCAACCGGGGAGUUUUAGUUCGGAGUUGAAAAGUAUGCAGAAUUCGCGGAGCGUGACUCCUCGCCAGGAUGCAGUAUCGCCAUUUCCGCGGCUCUCAAAUACCAUGGAGGAAGACGAGCCCGUUGCGGAUACGACCGAACAGCGCCAGGCUGCCAUUCGAGAUAAGAUAGCGAAGGAGAUGAAAAUAAAAGUUGGAACGGAGAACAUGUUGGAGGCCUUGUUGACCAAAAAUGCCAAACAGACCAGAGAUCAAAGGCUUCGAGUCGAAUCGGAACUGAGUACGUCAAACAGGAAACUAGCAGAACUUCGACAGGAAUUAGAGGAUGAAUUACUUCGCGCACAAACCCCUUCAACACCACAACGCAGUCGGCUGUCUGCCUUGUUUCGUGGGAGUCCGAUGCGAUCUCCCUCUCGUGCUACAGAUUCUGCGGAUGAAAACAUGGAUGACGCAGAUGGAGAGACUGAGUCACCGACAUAUGUCCUAGCAGAAACACUGCAGGCUCUGGAAUUAGAAGGAAUGGCGCCGGAUUACUACAUUGAAAGAGCAAACAGUUUGGUCGAACUUUUCAAACGCCAUCCAACAUUAAAAUACGACCUUGAGUGGUCCGUCUUCGGGCAACGGGUUCAGAUGAUGCUACUGAGUGAUAGCAGAGAAGUCGUGGCGGCUGGUUACCGCUUAACCCGUUACGCUAUAGCAGACAGAGCUUCAAUCAGGACGAUCCGCCGUCUUCAUACAGACGAGCUGGUGACUUUAUCUCUGGUCAAGGAGAGCAAAGCGAGCAUUGAAAGAGAGCAGGCAUUGAAAUUCGUCAGGGCAUUUCUAGAUGUCAAGGACGGUGUACAUGAGAUUUCCAGAGCGGUCGUUAGAACAAUCGUAUCGGUUGCGGAGCAUCAUGAGGAUAGAUUACGAAACAUAUCCAUCAUGACCCUGGCUGAGAUUUUGAUCAAAGAUCCAGGCUUAAUAGCGUACGCGGGGGGGAUUGGGCCACUCCACGAUGCUUUAGCGGAGGGAACGUUCAGCGCUUCUGAAAGUCUAAUAGGGAGCUUUUUGCACAUUAUGGACACUCCACAUAGGCGACAAUAUCUUCACGGUGGUCGUGAACUUGAAGCAGUCCUUUGUCCCUUCACUGACUCAUUCUCGGAUACCGUACGCUCAGGGCGCUUGAAGUGCUCGGCAAAGGCCAUUUCGGCCAUGCUAAAGACCUGGCCCGGUUUGCUUGUACUUGCCCGCGAUAAGUCGAAGCCACUUCAAUCGUUACUCGAAUCGCUCAACUACCCUGAUCCUACCGCGAGAGAUCUUAUACUGGAGCUACUUUUCGAUGCCCUUCAAAUCAAGCCACCUUCUUGGUCCUCGUCUUUCCUUGCUGGCAGACGGCUGACGACAUACGGCAGAGUGACCAAUCUUCGUUCAGAGUCGGAUAGCAAGCAGCUACGUAUCUAUCAGGAAAACGACAAGAACAGAUUCGACCUAACUGCACAUUUUUCAGCAUUGGUUUUGGCGACGUUGCUGGAGGCUGAUCUAGUGAAAGCAUUAUCAGGUCUUAUUGAAGUGGAGAACAACCAAUCCCUGAAAAGAAAAGCCACUUUACUUCUUACAGAGGUACUGAAGCUAGCUCAACAUUCUCUACCACAGUCCGUCAGUUUUAGUCUUCAGGUCCUUCCGUCUCUACUUCCUGCUGCCGUCAAAUUUGAUGUUGAAAACCAUGAAAUAUCGACCUCGACUAUAUAUCAGAUUGAAAGUAUCAAUCGAAUUCUAGCACGAUCUGGCUCACUUACAACCACAUCAGGAAGAUAUGCUGUCGUCGACGAGGAUAUUUCUGCGUCACUCUUAUCAGGAGAAUUUGCUAAGAAUAGACUCAACCCGGCAAUGGACGAAGCGCAGUUUCGAAAUCACAUUCUCGAGACGCAGGUUUUGAAUACUGUUAACUAUGUCAAAUGGAAAUGGGAUCUGAUUCUUCGCAUCAUCGAAGGACCAUUGACAAAUCCCAAGAGGCUUGAAGAAGCCAUCAAGGGCUCGAAAUUUAUGAAGCGCUUGAUUGGAUUCUAUCGACCAUUCAAAUACAGGUUUUGCAUGAUACCCAACACAAAGCCGAACCAGCGCUAUGUCCGGACAGGUUGUGCCUUGUUACGGACUCUAAUGCAAACUCCUGAAGGGAUCAAGUAUCUUGCAGAUAACAAACUGCUUCGGCAGAUCGCAGAAUGUCUUGCACAAGUUGAUCGUAUGAGUGGGCUCACCUCGGCAUCGCCUUUGUUCUCCAGAGAACAAAUGGCAAGUACUUUGAGUGGUGGCUACUUUGCGCUACUUGGCGUCUUGAGUAGUGAUACCAAGGGUAUAGCGAUGAUGGAACGAUGGCAUAUGGCUAACAUGUUCUAUCAUAUUAUCGAGCUGAAAGACCGGACUGAUCUCAUUCAGGCUCUACUUGGAAACAUGGACUUUACUUUGGAGAGUCACCUAAGAGUGCUCUUGUCCAAAGCACUUACUGCAGGCACCAAAGACAUUCGAAUCUUCGCGACCAAACUUCUUCGUAAGUAUGCCGUCGGGCAUCAUCUCGCUGUUAAUAAUGUCGUCUGGGUUGUGCAAAUGCUUGUUACCCAACUAUACGACCCCGAUAUUUCCGUUUGCGAGAUUGCAGUCAAAAUCUUGGAGGAAGCUUGCAAUCAGCGAGAGUAUCUUGAAUACGUUGUUAAAUGUCGGCCGUCACUGGACCAUCUUGGAGAGAUAGGUGCUCCGCUACUUCUUCGGUUUCUGUCGACUUCUGUCGGCUAUCAUUACUUGGAUGGACUGGACUAUAUCACACAAGAGAUGGAUGAUUGGUUCCUCGGGAGAAAUGAUGCCUACGUUGCAUUGGUGGAAGCUUCACUCUCACGUGCCUACGUAGACCACCCACGCCGGCAAACCUCUUCGUUUGCGCCCGACGACAUUGUUGAGAUGCAGGAUAUUGGCGUCGUGCCACCGCAUUUCUACCGAGAAUUAGCCCGUACAUCCGAAGGUUGCAAACUACUUGAACAGUCAGGGCACUUUCUUGAAUUUGCGAGUACCAUUCGAGAUUUCGAUUUGAGCGAAGAAGAUCCCGAGGCACUCCUGAAAGUGAAAGGGUGUCUGUGGGCUGUGGGAAAUGUUGGCUCCAUGGAACUUGGUGCUCCGUUCUUGGAGGAGACUGAAAUCGUGCAGGAUAUCGUUAAUAUUGCUGAGAAAGCCGAUGUGAUUACGAUGAGAGGUACUGCUUUCUUUGUCUUGGGCCUCAUAUCGCGCAGCCAACAUGGAUUGGAAAUGGUUUAUGAGGCGGGAUGGGAUGCUGCUGUUGAUCAGCGCGGUGGUUCCCUAGGACUUUGCCUACCGCGACGUCUGGAGAAACUAUAUCACCUUUCAUUUGCACCCCACAAACGCAACCAGGAACUCAAACGCAUAUCACAAGAAAUAUUCAAAACCGCUUCUACCGACCCCGAUCCAACGAACCAGCGUAUCCUGAAGUUAAUCAUCGACAUGGGGAAUACUGUCUUGUCCAAAAGGGCAGCCAAUGACCUGCAGGGUAUCAAAUCCAAACACCCAGACCAAUUCCGCCAAGUAGAACUCUUCCAAAAGACACUAACCAUCCUCGAAAGCCAUCAUUUCAGAUUACCUGCUCGCCGGUUUGCGUUGGACCUGUUCGAUAAAAGUGUCAUGAGACGUAUGGUUCUCGAAGAGGAUGAAGACUCGUAUUCCGAGUCGGAUUCAUAGUACUACUUCAACAGCUCGUACCCAAGUCACACUAGUUGAAAAAUUCCUUUGAGGCAUACUUCUUCUCGUGAGAUACUGUUGUUAUUUCGUUUCUUGUACAUAGGUAUACCCGGGAAGCAUUUCGGUCGUUGUAUGUUUGCACGUUUGUGUCAUCCGGAGGAUUAUACGUACUCUGCUUUUAUUCUGGAACGGGGGAUUGUUGAUGGAUGCAUGCAUGAUUUCUUCCGAGUAUCACGAAUAAAAUGAAAUGGAAUGAUUGACAUG